UUUCCACUGUUUCUGCUGCAAAGUGUUUCGUUUCGUUUCUUAACGGACAUUCCGUAAAAUUCAAGAUGGAUCCUUAUGAGAGGGGAGAUGUAUCUAAUAUGUCAAUGAGAGAGAAGUCAACAUUGAAGAGGAGAAUCAACAGGGAACAUAACAGUAACUUUAGGGCUGGCUACAUCAACAUCAACGAGCCUUAUCUCCACAAGACUGGCAUCCGUGGCAGGAAAAGAUACUUCCUUUACUGUGUCAUCGUUUUCGUCAUUCUUCUAGCAUGUGCAAAUGCAUUGUUAACCGCUGGCAUCAUGUACGCCCUGAAGUUUUCUUACUUCGGCGUGCAGUCACUGGAGUUUAUUCCAGAUUCCCGACUGCUCCGCUUCCUGUCAGAUACAACACUUUCCACUGUCCAGAUCUUUGAUGGUUUCAUUGGAAGUCGGAAAAACUCUUCAUUUAUGAUCCAAAAUGAUAAUGGCCCAGUUGUUUUCAUGGCUGAUGGUGGACUUGAUGAUAGGGCUUCAAAAGUUGAACUACGGCCAGGUAGUGCGGAGGUGAAAUCUGUAGAGGACUUUAAGGUGAGAAGUCCAGAUACAGGGAAGAUGCUCCUGUCUACAGGGCUGGAGGCUGUACAGGAGUGGACAUCCACUAGUAGUCCUGGAAUCAACAUACACGCCCCUGUGGUGGAGGUUCCUGUGUUGGAAAGUGUGCCUGGAGUCGACGGUCUCAAUAUAGAGUCGUACCAAAAUACUGAGAUUAAAGGAAUGGAGGGGCUGGAGUUAUCUUCCCUUGGCAAGGUGUAUCUCAUCACCAACAACAUCACACUGCACUCUACGGAUGGUAACAUCAUCAUGGACGCCACUAAUGGAGUAUACCUCGACAGUAACCUGCCCAGGGCGACGACCCCUCUCUCCUCCACAACAACUAAUGCCUACAAAGUGUGUGUUUGUAUGCCAAGUGGUCGAGUGUUUGCUGUCCAAGUUACAGGGCCUGGAGUGGGCUGUGGUGAUGCUGACCCAGAUAAUGACCCCUGUGCUUGAUGUUGGCCCUGAUCAUGUAUAAAUGUAUAGUGCUGUUUCUUUUUGUUAAAUUGAUAUUGCCAAAGAUUUUUUUUUUAAUUUAUUUGGAAGAUCUUGUCAAUGAUAUUAUUUCCGGAUGAUUUUAAGUCUCUUUGUUGUAGAUUGAUAAUAUUUGUGUAAAUAGAAUAUACCAUAUGUUUACCAUAUUUAAUUAAAGAUAUUUUGAUAUUACAGUACUCAUGUAAAAAGUAUUUAAAACAAGUCAGAUUGUAUUAUUCAGUAAAGUUUUUAAGUUUUCCUUUUAUAUUAAUUUUACAGAGUAUAUUUACACUAUAUACCAGAGUUGUGUCAAGUUACCAAGUUAUAACAAACUCCAAGUGUUAUCAGAAAUACAUAUUCUAGAAUAAAAUAUGUUUAUAACAAACCACAGUGACAACGAUAAUUCUCGAAAGUCAGAUAUGUCAAUAAUUUGAUUGUUAUUACAGAGUAAAUUUGAUGUUGCCAAGGUAAUUCUUUGAUGAGGAACACAAAACUUGUUUCAAUAUAAGUGAGAAUUGGGAAUAGACAUGUUUAUACUAAACCAUAUUUAACUGUACUCAUUUAAAAAGUUUGCACAAACAAAAAUCAUGCACAAAUUUAAUGAAAUUCAAUCACAUUUAAUAUGUAUCAGUAGUUCUACAUUUUUUUUUAAAUUUUGCAAUUUUAAAAUUAAUGAAAACAAAUUUAUGUAUGAAACUAAUUUGUUAUGUUUAGCAUUAGGUAAUACUCAUUCCGUCCCCCAAGUUUAUGUAAGUCAAUGUUUUAGUCCUGUUACUUAUUUAUAUACGGUAGUAUUAUUUGUACCAAAUUUGGUUGUGCUUCAUGCCUCGUUGAUAUUGAAAUAAUUUUAGGAAAAUAACCACUGUUUACUUUGUAUCUUUUUAUUUUAUGAUCUUUCUGGAGUUGUGGUUGGAAGUUAAAGGUUUUGGCUUGAUAUUGGCUUCAAAAUACACAAGAUUUCAGCAAAAGUUUAAAUCUACUGUAAUACUGUUACCCUGGUAAAUACUAGCCACAAUAUACUGCUCGGCUAGAACUUCUCUCUAUCUCGAUGGGUUGAGCGUAAGACUAGUAAGCCAGAGGUCCUAGGUUCAAUACCUAGCAGAGGAAAUGAUUUAAAUUUAAUUGAUCAUGUGUACUGUUACAAUUCAGUACCAAAGGUUGUUCUAAAAAUAAUUUCAUUUUUUUUCUUUUUCAGUAGACUCUUUAUUUGACAAGGGUACAAAAUAAGUCAUUUAGCACAUGUUUAAACUAUGCUUGAAAACAAAGAUUAAAAUGUACCUAUUUGACAUCGGUAGGUUUUAACCAUUCUGAUUUGAGGCCAAAGUUGAUCUGACUUCAGAAAGUAUCAACGUUCAAGAAAAAAGCCCUGUAAUUAUAAGAUCUGUUGUGUAACUGCAAAAAUUAUGAAAAUAAUAAUAAUUAAUUUUUCCCCAGUGAAAACUUUCAUAUUGACUAUCAAGUCCAGGGUGCCUUUGUAGAAUUUUUAUAUUAUAUGUAUUUUAGUCUGUGUUCAUAUAUCAGAUACAUUUAUGUAUAUGUAAGUGAGAAUGUUAGACGAAUCGCUAGCCUAUUUUUGCCAUUGAUAUUUUAGUUUUACGUAAAUUAGAUCUAUAGAUAAUAUUUUACAUUUACGAAGUUUGAUUUAUUAUUAAUCAAGAGUUACAGGUAUCAAGUUUUAUUGGGUAUAUUAUACUAAAAACAUUUUACACAUAUAAAUCUACAAGUGACCAUGUGUAGUUAUAAUUAGUAAAACAUCGAAUUAUUGUCAGUAUUAGAAAUUUAGUUUUUUAAAAAGCAUUUUAUGUAUAAAAAGUCUUCCAACUGAUACUGAUAUCAUUUGAUACAUUCUCAGAAUUCUGCAAUUACAUAGUAUGCAAGAUAAAAAAUGUUUUAAUAUGUAUUUUCAUAUACAAACAAUGUACACAUGUUGUCCUUUCAUUUGCCAAAAUGUCUGACAGCAAAUUUGUGGACCUAUGCAAUAUAUUUUACCAUGUUUUAUUUAAAUGUAAAAAAAUUUAAUGUUUUGUUUUAUUUCAUUAAAUUUUAAGAUGGAAUCUUUUGUCAAACAUGUAUCAAAUAUAAUUGCAAAAUUAAUCAGAGGUCAAACUUUGAACAUGUCUAAGAUGAAUUAAUGUCCAAUCUGGAAUAAUCAAAUAUUUGUUUUGCAUGAAAUUCCAAUCCCAAAAGCAAAAUCAUGUAAGUUUGACCCAUACAAAUUAAUCACUCUAAAUAUGAAAUUUUUAUGUAAAUUACUUGUUUUCUUUAACAGAAAUGUGAUUUGAUUGGAUGGAUCGGAAAUUUUAAAACAGUAAACUGGUGAUCACGGAUAGGUGGCAAAGAAUAAUUUUUACAAUUUUAAGAAACUUUUUCUUUCAGCAGCCUGUUUUAUUUAUAACAUUGUAUAAUGAAAUACGAGCCUGUCUAUUUUCCUAAUAUUUAUGAAGAACUCUUCGAUCUAAACCAGGUUCUAAAUAUUUAUUACCUACACUUUGUUUAUGACCAGUAAAAUACACAAUUAUGGAGGUCAGAUAUUAAAGAGAAUGUUUAUACACAA